UAGGCAGAGGGCAGGGAAGGCUGGAUCUGGGCCCUGGGCUGGACACACCCUUAGGCUGACUGGAAGGGUGGCUUGGUUAGCCAGUCCCACCAGUGCUCACACAGAGAAGGCAGCUGUCUUAGAGUCUGAGCCUUCUGAGAUCUUACCCUCGGCCUCCAAGCAAGGAUGAGAGAAAUUCUGCACAUUCAGAUCGGCCAGUGUGGCAACCAGAUUGGAACCAAGUUCUGGGGGAUGAUCGGGGAGGAGCAUGGGAUUGACUGUGCUGGUGGUGACAGCGGGGCCUCUGCUCUGCAGCUGGAGAGGGUCAGCGUGUACUACAACGAAGCCUACGGUAAGAAGUAUGUGCCCCGAGCGGUCCUGGUAGACCUGGAGCCUGGGACGAUGGAUAGCAUCCGGUCCAGCAAAUUAGGAGCCCUCUUUCAACCAGACAGUUUUGUCCAUGGUAACUCUGGGGCUGGCAACAACUGGGCAAAAGGCCAUUACACAGAGGGAGCGGAGCUGAUGGAAAAUGUCCUGGACGUGGUGAGGAGGGAGAGUGAGAGCUGUGAUUGCCUGCAGGGCUUCCAGAUAGUGCACUCCCUGGGCGGGGGCACGGGCUCAGGCAUGGGCACCCUGCUCAUGAGCAAGAUCAGAGAGGAAUACCCGGACCGGAUCCUCAAUUCUUUCAGUGUCAUGCCGUCCCCCAAAGUGUCAGACACAGUCGUGGAGCCCUACAACGCCGUGCUGUCCAUCCACCAGCUAAUUGAGAAUGCAGACGCCUGCUUCUGUAUCGACAACGAGGCACUCUAUGACAUCUGCUUCCGUACGCUGAAGCUGACCACACCUACCUACGGGGAUCUCAACCACUUGGUGUCCUUGACCAUGAGUGGCAUCACGACCUCGCUGCGCUUCCCAGGCCAGCUCAACGCAGACCUUCGCAAGCUGGCAGUCAACAUGGUGCCCUUCCCCCGCCUGCACUUCUUUAUGCCUGGCUUCGCCCCGCUCACAGCUCAUGGCAGCCAGCAGUACCGGGCCCUCUCUGUGGCCGAGCUCACCCAGCAGAUGUUUGAUGCCCGCAACACCAUGGCUGCCUGUGAUCCACGCCAUGGUCGCUACCUGACAGUGGCCUGCAUCUUCCGGGGCAAGAUGUCCACCAAGGAGGUGGACCAACAGCUGCUGUCUGUGCAGAGCAGGAACAGCAGCUGUUUUGUGGAUUGGAUCCCCAACAAUGUCAAGGUGGCUGUCUGUGACAUCCCGCCCCGGGGCCUGAACAUGGCGGCCACCUUCAUAGGCAACAGCACAGCCAUCCAAGAGCUGUUCACCAGGGUUUCUGAGCACUUCUCAGCCAUGUUCAAAAGGAGAGCUUUUGUUCACUGGUACACCAGUGAGGGGAUGGACAUAGAUGAGUUUGGGGAAGCUGAGAGUGAUAUCCACGAUCUGGUGUCUGAGUACCAACAAUUUCAAGAUGCUAAAGCCAUGGAGGAAAAUGAGGAGGCCGGGGAAGAGGAACAGACGGACGCAGAUCAGGAACAGUAGCCAGAAAAGACAUUGUGCAGAGCCACUCACAGAAGUUUUUCCAGGGACUCAUGUCUCUCCCCCAACACUCACAGCCAGCCCUCGAAGCAGCCCAGCCAAGGAGGUGGGACAGCUGAUAGGUAUUAGGGUCUCUGUUCAGUUACUACCCAAGAAGGGCUUGAAAUCCAGUGCAUUCUAUUAUCUUCUUUUUUAAUAGCAAAGCAGACUUACCAUGGAGCGCCACCUUUGUUUCAAUAUUAGGAAGUAUUUACUGCACAUCUAACCCUGUGCCAGGCAUCCAGACUCCAUGUAUGGGUUUGCAGGUGACUGACGUUAUUCACUCUUCAACUGCUUAGCAGCACUGGUAGGCACCUAGCAGCUGGGGUGGGGUGACUCUUACCUCAGCCUUUCUUCACACUGCUUGGUGUCCUGCCUUCCUGGGCCCACUGGCCUCCAGAAAAGUCAGGUGCCUAAAGAUCACAUGGGGACUGGAGGUGUGGCUCAAGUGGUAGAGUGCCUGCAUUACAAGUGUGCAGUCCUGAGUUCAAACCUCAGUCCCACCAAAA